AUGGGUGGAACAAGAAAGUUCCCAUAUCCUAAGGACGUUUGGUCUCCGGCGGGUGGCUGGUGGCCGAACCCAUAUAAAUGGAAAAGUAAUACUUUAAUUGUUGCGGGUGGAUUGGUUGUCUUUGCUGCCGUAACGUGGAAAAUAUCAGCUGACAGAGAGUGGAGACAUAGUCCUCCGAACAGAUGGAUUCCAUCAAUGUUGUGGUCUAAACAAUUCAAAGAAGGAGAGUAUAAAGAUCUGAAAUUUUCUGAAGAUGAAUAA